UUUCACGGCCCUCACCAGCUUGGAGACAACAUGUGGCUGUGGACAGCUCUACUCCUGUGGGUUCCAGUCGGUGGGCAAGAGGACCCCACGAAGGCCGUGAUCACCCUGCAGCCUCCGUGGGUCGAUGUGUUCCAAGAGGAAGCCGUGACCUUACAGUGUGAGGGGCCGCAUCUGCCUGGGGACAGCUCUGCACAGUGGUUUCUCAACGGCACAGCCAUUCAGACCCUGACCCGCAGAUACAACAUCAUUGGUGCCCAGGACAAUGACAGUGGUGAAUACAGGUGCCAGACGGAGCUCUCAGCACCAAGUGAGCCCGUGCAGCUGCAGGUGCACAGAGAUUGGCUGCUGCUCCAGGUCUCUGGCAGAGUCUUCACCGAAGGGGAACCUCUGACCAUGAGGUGUCAUGCAUGGAAGAACAAGAUGGUGUACAAUGUGCUUUUCUAUCAAAACGGCAAAGCCUUUAAGUUUUCUUCUCAGGAUUCUGAACUCACCAUUCCAAAAACCAACGUGAAUCACAAUGGCGUUUAUCACUGCUCGGCCAUGGGAAGGCAUCGCUACACAUCAGCAGGAGUGUCUGUCACUGUGCAAGAGCUCUUUCCGGCUCCAGUGCUGAAGGCGUCCUCCCCACUGCCCCUCCAGGAGGGGAGCGCGGUGACGCUGAGCUGUGAGACGAAGCUGCUCCCGGACAGCCCCGCCUUGCGCCUUUACUUCUCCUUCUAUGUGGGCAACAAGACCGUGCAGGCCAGGAACACGUCCUCCCGAUACCAGAUACCACGUGCCGGAGGGGAGGACUUGGGCUCCUACUGGUGUGAGGCGGCCACGGAGGACGGAGGGGUGCGGAAGCGCAGCGCCCCACUGGAGCUGGGGGUGCUCGGCUCCCAGGCACCAAAUCCUGUCUGGUUUCACGUCAUUUUCCAUCUCGCAAUGGGAAUAAUAUUUUUGGUGAGCACUGUUCUGUGUUGGACAAUAUAUAAAGAACUGCAAAGAAACAAAAAGGAGAAUUUAAAAGUCUCUUUGUCUUCUGAUCAUGGGAAGAAUGUAACGUCCUACUUUCACAAAGACAGAUAUGUAGAAGAAGAGCUAAAGUUUCAGGAAGAAAAAGAGCUACAAAAAGAGGCGCAUCAGAAGUCCAAGGAGGGAGAGGGGCAGCAGCCAAAGGACAAAGCCAGUCCCCCAGCCCUUCCCCUCCGGCCCAGUGCCAGGGCACACGUGCCCUACAGCUGA